AUGGCCCAACCUCUCCUAGACAACAUCGCAGCUUUCGACCUUUCCAUGCUCCUCCCGCAAGGAAUCCCCACACUUGAAGCCACCCUGACAAAGAACUAUACACGACCGGACAACAUCUUUGCAUCCACAGACAUCGCGGACCGCCUCCUCACAUGCGACACUGCCCCCGCUCUCCGCCCUCCAUGCACUGACCAUCUCCCUAUCUCACUUUCCCUCGAUGUCACCCCACACCCAGCACGUGAAACCCCACGCCGAAACUUCCGUGAGGUCGACUGGGAAGACUUCCGCACAUGCCUGAAGGGGAACAUUGACUCGCGCAUGCUAGGCCAUGGAGAGCUGACCACGCUGGAACAGUUCAACGUGGUACUCAAGAACCUCUCCGAUGCCAUCUCCGAGACCAUCAAAGCAACCGUCCCGCUGUCCAGACCACCCCCCUUCACCAAACGCUGGUGGUCACAAGACCUCGCGAAGUCUCGACGAGCAGUGCAACGGCUAGCACGAGUGUCGUAUAAGCACCGCAACACCCACGACCACCCCUCACAUGCUGAAUACCGCAAGAUACGUAACCGCUACGGGGACGAGAUCAAGUCAGCCAAGCAAGACCACUGGGAAGCAUGGCUCGAAUCUGCAGACCCAGAUUCCAUCUGGACAAUCAACCGUUUUACAGCGGCCGGUCCAUCCGAUGGCAGCCGUCCCCGAGUACCCUCGUUAAAAGAUGGCAAUGCACCAGCAGCAGAGGAAAAUGAGGCCAAGAGCGGUAUACUUUACAGGGCUUUCUUUCCCCCACCAGGCCCUCCCCCUUCACUCCCUGCCACCCACCGAUACCCCAAACUGGCCUUCCACUUCUCACCCAUCACUGACGAGCAGAUCGCAGCAGCAGUAAAGAGACUGAAGGAGCUUAAAGUGCCAGGCCCUGACGAAGCCUCGAACGAGGUAUACAAACAUUGCAUUGACCUUCUUCUUCUACACUUAGGCCGCCUUUUCCGUGCAACCUUCACCCUCAACACCUACCCAUCGGAGUGGAAGAUAUCGAACACAGCAGCACUGCGCAAACCGGGACGUCCAGACUACGCCGUUGCCAAGGCCUAUCGGCCCAUUGCUCUUCUCAACUGCAUCGGUAAGAUCCUCUCUGCAUGCGUUGCUGAUGUCCUUGUCUAUGAGUCAGAGACGCAUGGCCUCCUCGCACGCAAUCACUUCGGAGGCCGGCCAGGUAGAUGCUCCACAGACUCCCUUCACCUCCUGGUCAAGACAGUGAAGGACGCAUGGCGCCGAGGACAGGUAGUAUCUAUUCUCUUUCUAGACAUCAAGGCCGCCUUUCCGAGCGCGAAUCUUGAACGCCUGUUUCACAACAUGCGAUCCCGUGGCAUCCCCAAGGAAAUCGUCAACUGGCUCCGACAGCGGCUGACGGGCCGGCACACCAGGAUUCUGUUUGAUGACUUCAAGUCCGCACUCUUUGAAAUCAUCAACGGCAUUGACCAGGGCUGCCCUCUCUCAGUCAUCCUUUAUGAAUUUUACAACUCUGACCUUUUCGAGAUCGCAUACAGAAUCCCCCACUCAUUUGCCCUCGGAUACAUCGACGACGCUGCCAUAAUUGCAACUGGUAAGGACUACAUUGAGACCCACGAGAUUCUCCGCAGGUAUAUGGACGAGGAAGGUGGCGCCAUGACCUGGUCGAACGAACACCAGUCUGAGUUCUCCCUCGACAAAUUCGGCCUACUCAACAUGUCCGCCAUGUCGCCUGACCUCGGCCCAUCCCUCCAACUCCAGACAGCGAACAUCCAGCCGCUCGAAGCUCACAAGUUCCUAGGAGUCACAAUUGACCGCCGUCUCCGUUUCCACCAACAGGUAGCAGGAGCACUUGCGAAAGGAUUUGCCUGGGUCCAGCAAUUCCGCCGCCUGGCACGGACCUCUGGGGGUAUUCCGUUCUCCCACAUGCGCCGCCUCUACCUGAGUAUCGCAGUCCCCCGGAUCCUCUAUGCUGCUGAUGUCUUCCUCGUCCCCCUCAGGAACGUGCCGGGACGCAAGUCUACAUACGGCUCAGUGGGGGCAAUCAAAAAACUAGCGCGAGUACAACGACAAGCAACACUCCUCAUCAUGGGUGCAAUGAGGACAACUGCGAGUGACGUCCUUGAAGCACAUGCUAACCUUCUCCCAUUUGCCCUGCUCAUUGAUAAGCACUGCCACAGAGCCGCGGUGCACCUCUGCACCCUCCCACCCUCCCACCCCCUGCACGUGCAUGUCAAGAAAGCUAGUGCACGCUACAUCAAACACCACCGAUCCCCUCUGCAUGAACUCCUCGAGACAUACCAACUCGACCCGGACAAGACCGAGACCAUCUCGCCCAUCCGUUACUCACCAUCCUGGUCCCCCUCCUUCCAAGUGUCAGUUGCAGACAGCAAGGACAGCGCCUUGAAGGAGGAAGCAAGAUGGGCAGAAAAACACGGUAUCCGAGUCUACUCUGAUGGUUCAGACAUUGACAGUGGCGUAGGAGCAGCAGCAGUGUUGUACAGGGGCGAUCGCGCAAAUCCGAAGGUCCUCCGGUUCUACCUCGGAAAGUCUUCCGAGCACACAGUCUACGAAGCAGAAGUUGUAGGUUUCAUUCUGGGAGUAAAACUAAUCCACAGUGAAUUUGUAGUCUAUUCUGCAUCGUGCGCCGGUGACAAUAAGGCCUCCGUACGAGCAACCCGACUCCGCCGUCCUGCCCCGAGCCACUAUCUCCUCGACGUGCUACACAGAGACGUUGACCUGCUCAUUCGGAAGCACAAGAUCGGCAAGAGUGCUCUCACCGUACGUUGGGUUCCGGGCCACAAGGAUGUUGAGGGUAAUGAACGUGCGGACUUGGAAGCAAAAAAGGCAGCCCGCGGCGAUCCCAGUCCUCUCGCAAUGCUCCCAAAAAGCCUGCAGAGCCCCCUGCCACUAAGCUCAUCGAAACUCAGGCAGAGUCACCUUGAAUGCCUCAAGUCGAAAGCAGCCACAGCGUGGAAAGGCUCCGAGCGCGGACACGCCUUCAGUCGCAUUGACCCAUCCCUUCCAUCCCCCAAGUUUGAAAAACUCGUUGCUGACCUCCCACGUCGCCACGCCAGCCUACUAAUUCAGCUCAGGACUGGCCACGCCCCCCUCAAUGUCCACCUCCACCGCAUCAAGUGCUCCCCGACCAAGCUCUGCCCCGCCUGCAACGGCCGCCCAGAAUCGGUACAGCACUUCCUGCUGUCAUGUCCGUCGUACCGCCGACAACGGGACGUCUUAACGCAGGAGCUCGGCCGCCCAGCGCGCUCCCUGGCGAAACUCCUUACCUCCCCUCGCGCUGUCAAGCCCCUUUUCCGUUACAUCCACGCCACGGGUCGCUUCUCGACUGUCUUCAAUCACCUGAACACCUUCGACAAGUGCCGUCAUGCUAGAGCCUAG